AAAUUGACGGACUGCUUCGGACGGACGUUCGAAGGGAAAGCGGAAACUGUGCGAUAAACCCUCGGUUGUUCCACCCGUAUCUUUUGCCGAGGCUCUUAUCUUGUGGAGUUGUCUUAUCGGGCAUAUAGUCAAUCUUAUCGCCAGCACCAGAAAGUCGAGGGAAAAAACGUAGUGAGAAGCAGCCAGCUCAGUGUGACAAAAAUUGGCUGGAAUUCGAUGUGUUUUGCCGCAGCGAGUCGAUAUUAUGCUGCUUUAAGUAGGAUCAGGAUCAAGAGCAAGGUAACAGGCACAGGACUCAUCCAGCAGCACUACAUGUUCCACAAUUAGAGGUCCUUCUUCAAAUCCAAGGAUUAAUUAAGUACUAUUGCAACUAUCAUGCCGCUCUUCGCCAGAAAAUCGCCCAAGCAAGGACCCACUGCGGAUAAUGUUUCCCAGUUCGGCAGUCGAUCCUCCAUGAAUUCCGGAUCCUCGCAAGGCAGCCACAUCAGCAAUAACAACAAUAACAACAGCACUCCUGAAAAGACAAAGCCACCAUUGGUCUUCCAUUGCCAACUUGCCCACGGCAGUCCCACGGGUCUCAUCCAUGACUUCUCCAGCGUCCGAGAACUGUACCAGAAGAUUGCCGAGUGCUUCGAUAUAUCCGAGAAGGACAUUCUUUUCUGCACUCUCAACUCGCACAAGGUGGACAUGACGCGUCUACUGGGCGGUCAGAUUGGCCUGGAUGACUUCAUCUUUGCCCAUCGCAAGGGCAGGCCCAAGGAGAUCGAGAUUGUGAAGUCACAAGAUGCUCUGGGACUGACGAUCACGGACAAUGGAGCCGGCUAUGCCUUCAUCAAGCGGAUUAAGGAGGACUCGAUUAUCGAUCGCAUCGAACACAUCUGCGUGGGCGAUCACAUCGAGAAACUCAAUGGGCAGAAUAUGGUGGGCAAAAGGCACUACGAGGUGGCACGCAUGCUGAAAGAUAUAGCUACCGGCGAGACCUUUACCCUGCGCCUGGUUGAGCCGGUAAGGAGCGGAUUCCAGGGCAUCGGACCGCGCAGCCAGUCGAGGGCGUCGGGAUCCGCUGGCGGAAAGAACUAUGGCAGCGGCAAGGAGACACUCCGAUUCAAGGCCAAUGGCAAUGCCCAAAUCGAACCCCAGUUCGAUGAGGCGACAGUGGCCGGUAUCGAGGCCAUCAACAACCUGCUGGAGUCCUUCAUGGGCAUCAACGAUACGGAACUGGCGUCCCAGAUUUGGGAUUUGGGCGAUCAAAAGUCCAACUCGAUGGAUUUUGCCGAGGCCAUUGACAACUCGGAUCUGGAGUCCUUCGGCUUCACGGAUGACUUCAUCAUCGAGCUGUGGGGUGCCAUAACGGAUGCCCGUCGCAAGUCCACGACCAGUCCCAAGUAAUUGGGCUUCCAUAGCCAGAGUUCGGGACGCAUUUCAGUUUGCCCGUUUAUUGGGGUCCAAUAAAAGCAUUGAGAUGAGGAGUUGUUUUUAGUAAUUGCUAUUAUCUACUAUCUGAAUAUGUUUUGUUUUAGAGCCUAGUAAUAUUUACCAUAUAUCAUGCUACAAUCCCAUAUACAAACAUAUGUCGUCUGCCUUUGCCAAUUAUUUAGUUAUUUGUAUUCUUCACGGUAACCUAUUUAUUAUAUAUAUAUGUAUAUCUAUAUAUAUAUACAUAUAUGUAUUUUUUCGUUCUGAUGGACGGGAGGAUGUGUUGAGGCAUCCAUACUAUACAUUUUUGGUACAAUUUGUUCGAUGUACAUACUUAUAACUAUAUUUCUUUAGUUUUAUCAUUUAAACAAUACAAAUAUAUUUAAAUUAUUUAAAUCA